AUGGCUGGUCUUGCGGAUGCUCUAGGAGAGGCGGUAUCCGGAGGAGCAGGAGCCGUAGGGACAUGUGUCGGCAAAGCAAUCCUAGAAAGCGGUGGAGACGUAGUCUUCCUAGACAUCAUCCCCGAACCCAACCCAGAAACUUGGGAAACCAUCCUCGAAACCGCCCGCGCCAACAACACCCACGCCUUCUACCAUACCCUCAACAUCCAAGACGAACCCAGCAUAACCACCGCCUUCACCGCCCUCCUCCCAAUCCUCCACCAUCCCAUCCGCGGCCUCGUCCACUGCGCCGCAAUCUCCGGAGAAAGCGACGCCUGCACCUACCCCACCGCCACCUUCCGCCGCAUCCUCGACGUAAACCUAACCGGCACAUUCCUCAUCGCCCGCGCCGUAGCCAGUCAACUCCACCGCACCCAACAAACCGGCAGCAUCGUCCUCAUAGCCUCCAUUUCGGGCCACGUUUCCAACCGCGGUAUCAACACAGCCGCGUACAACGCUUCCAAAGCUGGUGUGCACCAGUUGUGUCGGUCGCUGGCGGCGGAGUGGGGGCAUCCACAGAAUACUUUCCCGGGUAGUACGGUGUCGGAGACGAAUCCUGAAGGAGGAGUCAUGGGCGCGAGAGAGGUGUAUCCGCCUAUUAGGGUUAAUUCGGUUAGUCCGGGGCAUAUCGAUACUGCGUUGAGUCGGGCGGCGAGGGAGAGGGGUUUGACGGAUGAGUGGGCGAGGCAGAAUAUGCUAGGGCGGAUUAGUGUGGUUGAGGAGUUUAGGGCGCCGGUACUGUUUUUGCUAGGGGAGGGAAGUAGUUAUGUUACUGGUUCAGACUUGAGAGUUGAUGGUGGCCAUUGUGCUUGGUAG